AGUUGUUGCACUCCACCAUGGAUGGACCUUGCCCAAAAAAUCUCAUUGAUAGGACGGUGGUUACAUAUCUAUCUGUUGCCCGCAAUUAGAUGGUUAAGAAUAACAGAACAGCUUUCCAUGUCCCAUUGAAAGUAGCCGCUUUUUCUAAUGAUAAAAGAGUCCCAAGCAUUGGUUGCUAUGAUCUUCCAAUCUGCAAGAUUUUGGGGCAUGGUCUGUCCAUGGCAGGACUAAAGAGAUCAAUAGUCAAGAUUACAGGACCAUUACCCCAACUUUUACAAUGGGACCCUGUAUACUGUGCAAAGACACGGGUCAAGUAUCAUAUAAUUCCUUCCUCAGCCCUGAGGAUAUGUAUGUUGUCCUUGAUGCAGCGAGUUCCUAGAAAUGGGGCGCACCAUCUGGUGAUUUAGAGCUGCACUGAUAUGAUGGUGUCCUGCUGUGGAUGGUGCAUGCCCCGAAAAUCUCCCAGAGCAGCUGGUGGUAGCCAUUUAGUUCUUAGCCUUCUUCUCCAGUGUUUGUCUGUGGAUCAUGACUAUAUAUUUCUAAACUGUAUAUUUGUAGGACAUGUGUGUUAGUGUUCGCUUAAUCCCUUCAGGGAGUUUUUUCAGAGAUGGCUUGUCCAUGUUAGAUCCCAUCAGAUCAUCACUGGACACGUGCCCCACUUGUACAGACUCAAUGCCCAAGGACACUAUACAUGUACACCCAGGCAGAUGCUGUUUUCAACGGCUACCAUAUAACAUGAAUACCUGAGUCAAUCACAUUUUCUUUCUGGCAAUUACAUUUUGCAUGAGUUAGUUGACAUAGAUACCCACCUUGACUAAUAAAUACACUUGGGCUUCUUUCAGUAAUACAAUAGCAUGGCCUUGUAUUGUUGUAUUACCGAAAGUAGAAAAGAUGAGUGUAUUUAUCCAUGUGGAUGGGUAUAAAGAGUGGCCUCAUUUCAUAAUUCUAUUAUGCAUGUUCAUUUUCCAACUGCUAACAAAAUUUAUUUGUGGCAGCUAAAAGUGCAUUGGAGUCAUAUUAUAUUGUGCAUCUAUUUUCAUGAUGUUACCCAUCGAUCCUGCAAAGAAGAAUUCUUUCCAGCGUCGCAUCUCCGAUGGUGACCUCAUUAUUGUGUAUGAGAGACAUGACAACAUGAAGGCCAUCAAAGUAUGCCAAGGUUCAGAGCUUCAGAACCGAUUUGGCAUUUUCAAACAUUCCGACUGGAUAGGAAGGUCUUUUGGGUCGAAGGUGCUGAGCAAUAAAGGCGGAUUUGUUUAUCUUUUAGCUCCUACUCCAGAGCUGUGGACACUGGUUUUAAGCCAUAGGACCCAGAUUCUAUAUAUUGCGGAUAUCAGCUUUGUCAUUUCCUACUUAGAAAUUGUACCUGGGUGUUUGGUUCUUGAGUCAGGCACCGGCAGUGGCUCCCUCACUACCUCUCUUGCAAGGGCUGUUGCGCCUUCCGGUCAUGUUUACACGUUUGACUUUCAUGAACAAAGGGCUGCCUCAGCUAGGGAGGAUUUUGAGAGAAUUGGAUUGAGCAGCUUAAUUACGGUAGAUGUUCGAGAUAUUCAAGGUGAAGGAUUUCCUGCUGAAUAUUGUGGGGUAGCAGAUUCAGUUUUCCUUGACCUCCCCCAACCUUGGUUGGCCAUACCAUCUGCUGUGAAGAUGUUGAAGCAGGAUGGGGUUUUGUGCUCGUUCUCACCAUGCAUCGAACAAGUGCAGCGCUCCUCCGAGACAAUGAGAUCUGAUUUUACAGAUAUAAGGACAUUUGAGGUUCUCCUCCGCACAUAUGAAGUCCGAGAGGAGAGGAUGAAGUUGAGUGGAGGUGACAAAAGUGGCUCGUUGGGGUCCCGGCCUUGCAAGAGAAGGCAGCCUUCUUCAGGUGAAGCAAUCGACGGAAGGGAGACAGCAUGUAGUUCUAUAAUGGCCAGGCCAUGCAGCGAGUCAAGAGGUCACACAGGUUACUUAACAUUCGCAAGGCUCAAAUGCUUCUGAUUAGCCGGUUCUCAUCCCUUGGUGGUUUUGAUGGAUCACUGGCUGCUUUUUUUUGGUCAUGGGUCGAUGCUUAUUUGAUCUGUGAUGUUCUGGUGUAAAAGAACUUGAAAGAGGGGAGCUCUUUCCAUGGUUCAAAAACUUGAAAGCUUGACUUGAUUGGAUUUCUAGCUGUUGUAGCUCCCUCCUAAUCCCGUCACAUGCAACUUUUUUUCUUUUUUUCCUGUGAAACAAGAGCCAGCAGCAGAGUGGGAAAGUGUCUCAGUCGAGCAAUGUCGAGUUGCUGAGUUUUCAAGCUGACUUGAUGAGUCUCAACCGAGUCAAACUUGCCACUGAGUUUCCAAGAGACUCGUUGAAAAUUUUGGGUCCAACCACUGAGUUUUUGAACCAUGGGGCAAUCUUCUUGUUUUCUUCUUCUCAUUGAAUUGUUGCGAAAUGUGAAGUUUUGGAAGGUGUUUCAAGCCUCAAA